UCCUUUACACGCACAUUGCCCUGUGUUUGUCGGAGCAGAAUUGGCCUCUCCUUCCUCCCGCCUCUAAUUACCCAUCAUGCAACGGGAGGUUUAACACCAAGAUGGCCGAUACUAUGGAGGAGUAUGAGAAAGAAGCUGGAUGCGUCCCUAUUUUGCACCCUGAGGAGAUCAAGACUCAGAGCCAUUAUAAUCAUGGAUACAGCAGUGAUUCACUUGGACGCAAAAGCCACAUGGACGAUUAUAGCACAUGGGAUAUUGUCAAGGCCACACAAUACGGAAUUUACGAGCGAUGCAGAGAACUUGUUGAUGCAGGAUAUGAUGUCCGUCAGCCUGAUAAAGAAAAUGUCACUUUGCUUCACUGGGCAGCGAUUAACAAUAGGAUGGAUUUGGUGAAGUUCUACAUAUCAAAAGGUGCGAUAGUAGACCAACUUGGAGGAGACCUAAAUUCCACACCACUUCACUGGGCAACGAGACAAGGGCAUCUAUCCAUGGUUGUCCAGUUGAUGAAAUAUGGUGCUGAUCCAUCACUCAUUGAUGGAGAGGGCUGUAGCUGUAUCCAUCUAGCUGCACAGUUUGGACAUACAUCUAUUGUUGCAUAUCUCAUUGCAAAAGGACAGGAUGUAGACAUGAUGGAUCAAAAUGGAAUGACUCCUUUAAUGUGGGCGGCUUACAGGACGCACAGUGUUGAUCCCACAAGGUUACUGCUUACCUUUAAUGUGUCUGUUAACCUUGGUGAUAAAUACCACAAGAACACAGCACUGCACUGGGCAGUGCUUGCUGGCAACACUACUGUCAUUAGUUUGCUUCUCGAUGCAGGAGCCAAUGUUGAUGCCCAGAAUAUAAAGGGAGAAUCGCCACUUGAUCUUGCAAAACAGAGGAAAAAUGUUUGGAUGAUCAACCAUUUGCAAGAAGCCAGACAGGCCAAAGGCUAUGAUAACCCCUCAUUCUUUAAAAAGCUGAAAGCAGAUAAGGAAUUUCGCCAAAAAGUCAUGCUAGGAACUCCAUUCCUGGUCAUUUGGCUAGUUGGUUUUAUUGCUGACCUUGAUAUAGACUCCUGGUUAAUUAAAGGCCUAAUGUAUGGCGGAGUAUGGGCAAUGGUGCAGUUCCUAUCAAAAUCAUUUUUUGAUCACUCAAUGCAUAGUGCCCUUCCCCUUGGGAUAUACCUGGCAACCAAAUUCUGGAUGUAUGUCACCUGGUUCUUUUGGUUCUGGAAUGAUCUAAGUUUCCUGUUCAUCCAUCUGCCAUUCCUAGCAAAUAGUUUUGCUCUCUUUUACAAUUUUGGAAAAUCUUGGAAAUCUGACCCUGGAAUUAUUAAAGCUACAGAAGAACAAAAGAAGAAGACAAUAGUGGAACUUGCUGAAACAGGGAGCCUAGACCUGAGUAUUUUUUGCAGUACCUGUUUGAUUAGGAAGCCAGUGAGGUCCAAGCACUGUGGAAUUUGCAAUCGAUGCAUAGCAAAGUUUGACCACCAUUGUCCUUGGGUUGGCAACUGUGUUGGUUCUGGAAACCAUCGUUAUUUCAUGGGAUAUCUGUUUUUCCUUCUCUGCAUGAUAUGUUGGAUGAUAUAUGGAUGUAUCUCUUAUUGGGGAAUACAUUGUGAUACCACUUACACUAAAGAUGGAUUUUGGACAUAUAUUACACAAAUUGCCACAUGCUCACCCUGGAUGUUUUGGAUGUUUCUUAACAGUGUCUUUCAUUUAAUGUGGGUGGCAGUUUUACUUAUGUGUCAAAUGUACCAGAUUUCUUGCCUGGGAAUAACAACAAAUGAACGGAUGAAUGCCAGAAGAUACAAGCACUUUAAAGUUACAACAACAUCCAUUGAAAGCCCUUUCAAUCAUGGAUGUAUCAGAAACAUUAUAGACUUCUUUGAAUUCAGAUGUUGUGGCCUCUUCCACCCUGUAACAGUGGACUGGACAAGACAGUACACAAUAGAAUAUGAUCAAACGUCAGGCUCAGGAUAUCAGCUGGUGUAGCCUACACCACGUCACUGCUCUGGCAAGAUUCUGUCUGAGUGGUGCCUGAAAAUGGCUAUUUGUCUCUCGCGUAAAAUCGCCCCUUGAACUAAAGCAUGCUGUUUGUAGGGCUAAUGAUGAAUAUCACAGUACCUUCUCUCUGUCAGCAUUUUAUCAACGAGAGUUAACAUGGACAGGGCAUACUGCCCAUACUGAGAAAGAAGAAGAAACAGAAAAUGGAUUUUAACAGAUCCUGCUAUCAGGAUUAUUUUGAACAGCAGUAAAUCUCAUUUAUUUUUAAUUUCACACCAUUCACAGCAAAGCAUGGCAUAUUGCUCUUGACAUGCUUCAGUCUUGUUCUGCUUGAAGAAAAGCCUUUUUUUUUUUUUUUUUUUUUUUUUAGAGAAACCCAGUGGAGUGAGGCUUUGCAGUAAAUUAUUUUAAUCCCCAGUAUGGCCAGGCUGGUUCUAAACUACUGUGGCAUUUUAUUCCUGUAAUGUGAUCUUCCACAGUUGUGCUGUUUUGUGUCUUUGAAAAUGUGAAUCUUGAUACUAGCCUGAGAAAUCUUGCAGUGUUAGGUUAAGUUGGCAAGAGGGGAGCAUGAGGAUAAUAUUAACAACUGAAUGUAUGUUUCCUACAUUUUAUGACUAUCAGCUGUUAUUCCCACCUGUUUCCUGCAUCUGUGGACAUGAAGUGCUUACACUCCUUUCCCAUUGUCAAGAAGUCCCUGACCGUUCCUCAAAGGUAUUAUGCAAGACUUGGUGUAAUAUAUCAUGAAAUAACGCCAUUAGAGGAAACACCGAAUGAACACCAUAAAAGAAGCUCGUUUGACUGAAAACUUCAGUUCUGGGACUCAGCCCUGGAACUUGACUUGGAUUUAGAACCAAAGAAUUAAGAGUUUGUUUUUGUUUGUUUGUUUGUUUUUUUAAUUCUUAACCAAAAUAAUAUGGGCUGGAUUGUUUUGGAUAAUUAGCAGAAUCUGUUUUUAGGAUUAUGUAACUAUGAAAAUCAGGCAUGCCUAUGUCUUACUUUCUGAUUUUUGCAGAGGCCUUUAAAAACAAUUUAAUGUGGAAUAACAGAUUAGGAGAGAAAUAGUUUAAAGACGAUAAGUGGACCAAUGUACCUUUCAAUAAGGUAACAAACACACAAUGUUGUUAUUGGUGUGUGGGUUUUGAUCAUGAAAACUCCUUUCCUACAAACAUAGACACUAAAUUGUACCAGUUCACUAAGGGUACGGCCUCACAAGGUGGAUUGUCAGCCUGCAUAUAAGGGCUCCUCUUCCACUCCUCUAGUCUAAUCCUCUAUGUCUGCACCCGGAAGCAUUGAAUCUACCCGGGUGCUGGCACACACAGCCAAUAUUCGCCAACUAACACAAGACCUUGUGUAUGUUGGCAGAUAUUGCCUGAGUGUGCCUGUACCUGGGCAGAUUCAGUGCUUCUGGAUUCUGGCACAAUUACAGGAUCUUUGAAGUGUACGGAGCAGAUUGUCAGACUGUGCUUAUACACUGGCUGACAAUCUGCCUCAUGGGGCCUUACCUUUAAUACUUGGCAACUAACCAGCAAUUAGUUUUGAUCAGACUACUGCACAUUUACAAAAUAAAAGCUAUGAUCUGAUUGGCUGCUACAACUAACUGGACUAGUGCAAUUUAGCUCUUGUGAAAGUAAACAAAAUCACUAUUGUUCCUGCCUCCCCUGUAUAUAUUACUGCAAGUCCUGGGAUAACACCUAAAAUCAUGCCCUAUUAUGAACUUGGUGUUGUAUAUUGAAAUUAGUUGGUCAAAAUAAUGUAAAAUAUGGCAAGAAUGCAUUUUUAGGAAUAUUUUGCAAUAACAAAGGAAUUUUAAAUGACUUUUACCAUCUUACAGCUUUUUAUGCAACUGAUUUUGUGGUUGGCUGCAUAUUCAUGAGAGAUUAAUGGAGCUAUAGAAAUAUGGGUUUGCAGUGUAAAUGGAGUUAUCUUAAUUACAGUUUUUAGCUCCCCAAUUUCUAAUCAGGCCUAAUGAGCUAGUAGAAUGGGAUGAUUGCCAGUAAGCAAGCCCUCCUCGCUGUAGGUUGGCAUCUGCUCCCCUGUUAGUUAGUAAUGGUGUAACAUCCAUAACUGAGCAGUGUGUAAAUACUUGCAGAUUUAAGACUAGUGUACACUAUGUGAAUCUGUAUGUAGAUAAGUUAUUCAAUUGUUUUCUCUUUGUGCUUGUUUAUGUUAAAUGCUGCUCAUUCCAUUACACCCCCCAAUGUUGAGAAAUAGCAUUAGUGUUUUUGUAGUCUACUACAACAAUAUUAUGGCCACUCCCCUGCAAGCUCACUACAUGUUUUCUGCUUGGAAUAGGUAGAUUUCACUAAUGGUCACAUUACAGGUAAUAAAUUGAACUAGUGGUAUUCCCAACCUUUGCCUUAGUAGGACAAGCAGUGGCAUUGUAAAUAGUUGAUGUCCAGUAUUUGAAAAUUUUUUUAUAGUAUGUUUCUUCACAUACUUGGCUGGCAAAAUACCCCUUCAUCUGAUUUGCAGGUUCUGUAUAUUGAGCCUAAAUGUUUGGUACUGGAAGAUCCAUUCUUUGGAUACAAGGUAGAACAACUAAGUGUAAAUGUGCAUUUCCUUCAGUGUCUGCAGUAGAACUGAGGCAGCCUGUUGCACUGCUUCUGCGCCAGAGUCCUGCGCCAUGUGUACGCGGGCACAUCCUGCAGCACCGUGUGUACGCGGGCACAUCCUGCAGCACCGUGUGUACGCGGGCACAUCCUGCAGCACCUUUGCAUAGUUAGCCAAAAUCCAUACUCAUACUAACUGAUCUCUGAAAAUGUUCUUGCUCAUGUUUAUAUUAUUUAUGCAUUCAUUUUUCUGUUCUGGAUACACAAAAAACAUAAGCACUUUUGCUGUUUUCAAAAAAGAAAAAAAAACAAACAAACUAGUUUAUUUGUCAUGUCGCAUCUUUAGGCAGAAAGCAAGCGAUGAAAACUACAAAGCCAAAUCUGUUGGCUAGGGAAAGGGUAAUGUUGCUCUUUGGGGAUCUGUGGUUGUGACCUGGACAUGCCUGAAGUGUCUAGUGGGAGUAACGUAUGCUGCCUAUGAUAAACCAAGUGUUUUAGUUCAGUUAAAGCUUCUCCAAUAUCUUAAUCCAAUAUAUAAUUAAUAUCAUUGUCAAAUUGUUUUAUCAUUAUUUGCUUUCAUGUCCUAAAAUACCUUCCAGCACAGGUCACUAACAAGCCAUUCCCAUAGGGCAGAAUUAUGAGCCUUUCUGCCUUUUCUUACACAAUAAAUUGGACCAAGUGCUGGAUGCAAAGUAAUAGAAAAGUGAUCUUUUGUACACAAUGGCUGAACGCACUGACUUUCAUGCUGGUGCAUUCACAGCAACAUCGGCUUGUUCCUUCCCAAAAACAAAUCUCUAUACGAUGGCCAUAAGCAUCAUGCCCCUAGAAAGCAGAUAUCGUUCUGUAAACAUAAACCCUAUUAACUGGUUCUGCGCUGAUUCCUCCACUUCAUACUGGUUUCUACCCCCCCCUUCCUUUGCCAAUUAGCCAUUGCAUGCCAGAGACCUAUUGCAGAACUGUAUUGAAUAUUCCUUGUGUCCCGGUUCCAAUGUUUUGCUGAAAAGGACAUAUAUAAUAUAGACCAAGGGAUGUAUAAUUUUUUUUUGCACAUUUAAUAUAUGAUACAGUAACAAAGCUUAAGUACAGUCCCAUGCCCCAUGGUAGCAGCAGCCCUUUAUUGGUUUCCAUGUGCGCAGCUCAGUUCAGCAAACUCACAAAGGUACCACCCACAACGGAUGGUUAAGCAUCUAAUAUGCUAUGUCCAUAUGCUAAUGGCCUAUGUUGCAAAAUGUAGUUAUAAUAGGGACCUGUUUACAGUAAGAUGCCUGGGCUUUUCAUGUUAAGUUUUAUGAUUGUUGUGUUUUUUUUUUUUUCUAAUGAUAUUUUUAAUAUAUAUGUUUUCAAUUAUUUGCACAUAAAUGCUAUUGUCAAGUUCCAUGUACAUACCCAAGCAUAUUUAGAAGAAAUACCAUUUGAGACUGUAUUUAUAUAUGCACUGAUAAUCUGGUUACACUGAUGGCUGCCUGCUCUUAUGCAGUAACUACAGUUGGGAAUGCUAGAUUUGGGAAACAUAUCUAGAAUUUAGAGAUGUCUAUUGUAAAGUCUAGCAUACAGGUAGAUAAUCUGUGUUUUUGUUUGUUUUUACCCUCAAUGCCUUGUUUGCUCCCUUCACGGUUUUUUAAAUUGUGAGCCAACCACAAGAAUAUGUCGUCAUUUUUCUUUAAGCUAUAGAAUGUGUACAUUUUUCUUUUUGUAUUUAUUUAACUGUGCCAAGCAUUAUUUUACUACUGUCUGACUCUUGAUGUACUUCAUUGUGAGCAACAGAAAUUGUACAUUUCAGAAUUUAGCUCUCCUUACAUAAAUUAACGACAUCAAAUUUUUGUAAGUUAUUAAUCAAAUAAAUAUUGACAAUUCGG